GGCACUAUUACCCCCUUCCUGCCCAAGCCAAUUUUCAGCUUUCAAUGACAAUUGCGUGGUCACGCAACACUGUACCCAUAUGAAACUUUUAGCAUUUUUUUUUUUUUUUUUUUUUUAUUCACACAAAUAGAGUUUUCUUUUGGUGGAAUUUAAUCACCACUGGGUUUUUUAUGUUUUGCACUAUAAAUGAAAAAAGACCAAAAUUUUUUAAAAAACUUUUUGGACUUUUUCAUUUAUAUAGCACCAAAAUAAAAAUCCCAGUGGUGAAUAAAUACCACCAAAAUAAAGUUUUAUCUGUCUCAAAAAAUGCUAAAAAAAUUCAUAUGGGU